CGACGACACCGACGAUAACGACGACAUCCACGACACCGACGACAACAUCAACCACGAAAAUAAAAGCCAAGACAGAGUGGACAACAACGACGGCCAAAACGACAUCCAACACGAUAACGACGACGAAGCGAGGGCGGCCCCGCGGAUCGCCAUCCCCGGGAGAAGACGCUGCUAAAGGCCUCGUGGCAGUAUGGAGUGUUCCGACGCACUAGAACGGGGCCGAAACUUUCGACUACUUGCAGCUGAUGAAUUACCUCAACUCUUAGACUUCCUUGCUACUUAUCUACCUGUUUCACUUAAAUUCCACCAAACCCUUCUGACCUACAUGCGGAAAAACGUGUGGGAGUUUCACUUUUACGUAGCUAAUAACUGGCCCGAGGUUCCUGUAUCUCUGCAUUUUCCUGGGAUGACACUCUCGUCUCAUGGGCUUCUGUAUGAGAGUGUCGGGGUAUUUUGCCCCAACGACCGGCUCGAAUGUCUACAGCUGCUUCUUGAUGAAGAUGCCCUCAUCAGUUGGGAUAAACCGUUAUACAUAAACUUCGUCCACUCGGAAAUCGCCGACGAGCUGACACGGCUCUACGAGGGCCACGGCACCGUCGAGCGGGUUCUCGGCGACGUAUGGGCCUGUGACGAGCCAGAGAAAACAGAACUACGCGACGACGAAGUCACUGACGACGUUGACGUGAAGGUAUUACCACUAAGGGCUGAGCAUGCAGAGGGCAUCCAUGAAUUAUAUCCAGCCAAUGAUAUGGAGUGCCACGAGCUCUUCCUACGCCUUAUUAAGAACCUUUCAGCGGCUGGAGUUUUCGCGAAUGGUAGCUUAGCUGCUUGGAUGGUUCAGUCCUAUUACGGUGCCAUGUUCUCCAUGCAAACUAAACCGGAAUUUAGAAGAAAAGGUUAUGGUACGAAAUUAGCGAGAUUUCUGACUAAAAGAGUCGCCGAAAAUGGCUACAAACCAUUCGUGGUAAUUCGACCGGAGAACGAGGCAAGCCAAAGCUUAUAUAAGAAGCUUGGAUUUAGAAAACUUUACACGAUUGUCCGCAUGACUUUCGUGCCCGAAGUGUGGCAGGAACCCGUCGACAACGUUGCAAAUUCGAUAUUAAGGGAUAAUCUUGUUAACGCCGUAAGACAGCUCAAUAUUCAACAAAAUGUCCUUGAAGCUUUACAGAUUGAUUCGGUUAAAAAGGACGAAACUGAUGUUCGUGAUGAAGAAAUCGAUGGUGUUUAUACCAGAGUCGAAGAGGCGUUGGAGCCCAUUGACGAGCGACCAGAAGAAAAUAUAAGAUAUAACGAUGAGAAAGAAAGUAUCGUAAAUGACGAACAAACAAUAAUAAUCGAAGAUAAUAACAAAGAUUGUUCAUAAGAUGAAAUUUAGUAAUUUGUGAACAAAGACAACGUUUGAACAUUUAUAAAACGAUACAUCUAUGAAAUAUUGAUCGUCCAGUUUUGUUUGGUCAACAUCGUUAACUAACUAACAUCGCUUAGCAAUGUUCGAAGUUACCUAAAUCUAUAUCAAUGACAAAUUAUUAUUAACGACAACCGUUAAACUUUAUCUUAUGCAAUUGAUGAGGUAUUUAAAUACUGCAACCGUUCAGUUUGAAUACUACGAAGUCAUCAAAAAAUUACUUCAGCGUUUAAAUUAUUGCUUGAUUGUUAUUGGCUAUUAAUAAAAUUAUCAUUAUAUA